CUGGUCUGUUAUAACACCGGAAGCUGAAAGAAAACAUGCAGCGACGUCACACCGACACCGUCAAACAUUUAGCGAAUGUGAUAUGAAAAAGCCUGGUCUGAACAUUAUACAGUCAGGCAGGCAAUUUAUCAUAAGGAAAAAGUCUACAUUUGAGUUCAAACAUUAUGGCCGGUGAAGCGGUGGUGACCGUGCGGUUGGUGAGGUCCUUUGAGCACAGGAACUUCAAACCUGUGGUGUUCCGUGGAGUCGAUCUAGAGCAGAACGUAGAGGACUUCAUCAACUAUGUCCGAACAGAUGUGGCCACCAGAGCAGGUCUCCCACCUCCCUUUAAGAAGUUUGGAUAUGACACACUGAAGAUCAUUCACCAAGCGCAUGGAGCCAAGACCAACGAGUUGGUGAUGAGCUUGGAGGACGACGAUACACUCAUCCUUCGUCCAGGACUGACUCUGGCAGCUGCUGGAGUAGCUAAUGAAACGGAGAUGGCUUUCUUCAGUGGAAAAGACUAUGGCCUUUUUAAGGCCAAUCCUGAGACUGUGUGGUGACGACAGCACAUGCCAAACAGGGAAACGCACAGCGUGCUGCACUGAAAAAUGUGUGAAACGUACCAACGAGCUCAAUGGAACACGCUACACGGACUAAUGCUGCAGCUUUCGAGAUAGACCUUCAAAUAGAGACCAGAAAGGUUUCAUUUAGUGUUUUGAAGAUGUGUGUACGGUUUAUUUGUUUAAAAUAAAGGUUCACCUGUGUUGAAUAUUAAGUUUGAUCGAUGCUUUCGUAGUCAGGAAAUGCAGCAGAACGCUCCUAAAUAUCCCAGCUUUUCAAUAAGUAGUAUACUAUGAUUGCUGCAUUACUUUUUUGAUUACAAUUUCAUAUUCUUCUGUUAUGCGUUGACAUUAUCUAAAGAUGAAUAAAGCUGAUGGGCCAGA